UUACUUACCAAGCAUCAUAUUUUGAAACUCAACUUCUGGAUCAUCCAAAUGAACAAUUGUAGUCGUAUAUAAGUAGUCAAUGUGACUUUUUCCAAAAUCUAAAUCAUAAUCUUUGGAUAAAGCUCGCCAAACAAAUACAAGAGCUUCCACUGCUCCAUAUCUUAUAUCAUCACAACCGUCAUCUAAUCUUUUAACAAGCGCUGGAUAAAUUUUAAUAACAUCAUUAUCUGUGAUACAAGAUAUUUUUAAGCCUAUUUUUAUAAUCAAAUACAAAGCUCGUAGAGCAUAAAGUCUUGUUUUCUUUGCAUUGUCUUCAAUGAGAGACAUUAGGAUAGAAAUGGAAUCAUCGAAUAGAGCACACAAACAACCAACAGCUGCAGUUCUUACAGCUUCAGAAGCUUUACCAGCCGACCAAAUCAAUCCUGGCAUCAGAAUAUUGUCGAAAAAAUCCGUUAUGAACUCCGUUGGAUCUUUGAUUAAUUUCAAUGUUUCAUUGCGGUGCUGAAAGAAAUCCGAGAGUAAAAUAAAAAAUUUGAGACGCAAUUCAGCAUCAGCAUCCUUAGUCAU